AUGCCUCUCCUCCAGCCGGCUCGUCCUAAGGUCCUUGUACCAGAGAAGCUUUCACCAGAUGGCCUGGCGCUAUUACGCACCGCCCUUGAUGUUGAUGAACGCAAGGGCUUGUCACCGGAAGAAUUACUGGAGAUAAUCCCUAACUAUGAGGCACUUCUUGUCCGCUCCGAGACCAAAGUCACCGCGACCGUAUUGCAGGCUGCCAAACGAUUGAAGGUGGUUGCCCGGGCAGGCGUCGGGGUUGAUAAUGUUGACGUCGGAGAGGCAACAAAGCUGGGAAUUGUCGUCGUUAAUUCGCCCUCUGGAAACAUCGGCGCUGCUGCUGAGCAUACCAUUGCAUUGAUGAUGUCUAUGGCGAGAAAGAUCCCUGAGGGAUGUGCCAGUUUGAAGGCUGGGAAGUGGGAACGUAGUAGGUUUGUUGGAGUGGAGGUCAAGGGUAAGCUAAAUGUCAUUGCAGUCGGGUUGACUGUAGCUCGAAUUGCAAAGGGUCUCGGUAUGACUGUCAAUGCCCUAGAUCCAUACGCAUCACCAGCGGCAGCAUCCUCAGCGUCCGUCACUCUCGUUUCAUCAUUACCCGAGCUCCUAACCUCUGCCGACUUCCUCACUAUCCAUACUCCCCUGAUCGCAUCCACUCGAGGAAUGAUAAGUAAUGCUGAACUGGCUCAAAUGAAACCAGGUGCUCGUAUUCUCAACGUGGCACGCGGUGGUACCAUUGAUGAAGCUGCACUGUUGACAGCCCUCGAGUCUGGACAUUUAUCUGGAGCUGCCAUAGACGUGUUCACGUCGGAGCCACCAGACCCUGAGUCCACAGCUGCAAAGCUGAUUUCCCAUCCUCGGGCCGUGGUAACACCGCAUCUUGGUGCAUCAACGGUGGAGGCACAGGAAAACGUCUCGGUAGAUGUUUGUGAGCAGGUUCUCGACAUAUUGAAAGGUUCACUCCCACGCAGCGCGGUCAAUGCCCCUCUCAUUCUACCAGAGGAGUAUCAGAAGCUUCAGCCAUUUGUUCGCUUGGUGGAGAAAAUAGGCAGCUUGUACACCCAGCACUAUGCCUCCUUACCUGGUGGAUCUAUGGCCCGGAAUACAUUUGAUCUCAUUUAUCAAGGCGAGGUAGCUAGUAUUAACAAUACCAAGCCGCUAUUUGCUGCCCUAAUAAAGGGUCUCUUAGCCCCAAUCACUGGUCAGGAAGGACUCAACGUCAAUAUUGUCAACGCUGAGCUCGUGGCUCGCGAGCGUGGGAUCUUCGUCUCAGAGCAGCAUUCUCGGGACCCUCAUGAUGAUCCAUCAUACUCGUCGCUGGUGACACUCAUUGCCCGUCCACCAUCUCGGCCAUCUUCCCGGGCAUCUGGUAUUCCAGAGAAGGCUACCAGCGCACCUCAAUUGCAACAUCAGCGAGUCAUAUCAGGUACCUGCUUAGGUGGUCAGCCUUUGAUCACCCGACUAGGAAGAUUUGAAGCAUCCUUCGCGCCAGAAGGAACACUUCUCAUUUGUGAAAACUACGACUCUCCAGGUAAAAUUGGUGUCGUUGGAAGUAUCCUCGGCAGAGAAGGAGUCAAUAUUAAUUUCAUGACUGUCGCUCCUAUCUCUUCAAAGCUAAGCAUCUACAACAAUUCAAUGGAUGCUAAGGUCGUAAAAGAUGGCCCCGCUGAGGAUCUAUCAGACGCUUCAGGGUCUGGAAAGACAGAAGCACUCAUGAUCCUGGGGGUCGACCGAGUCGUUCCCCAACAAACCGCGGCAGACCUAGUGCAAGAAGGUGGUGUGCUGAGUGCUUGUGCUAUCACUCUCUAG